AUGUCGAGUACGGCAAAAAAAAGGAAAUCGUCUCGAAUAAAAUCAAAUGUAUGUGUUGAGGAAGAUGAAAAUUCUCGAAUAAUCAUUCUUCCUUCUGCCGAUUAUUCCGGCGAGUCAGAUUCGGAUGUUGAAUCUGAAGAAGUAGGUGUCGCAGAUCAUGCUGCUAUUACAGAUUUUCAGGAUGAAAAUGUAUUACACGAGUACUCAGAAUUAUCGGGUGAUGUUCCUGGUAUAUCUUAUCGUAAAGUUUUGGACACUUAUGGUGAGAACCAAGAAAAAUUAGAACCAGACCAUGAGUAUGAAUGGGUGGAUGGUGAAUGUGUUAUCAAUGAUACUCCUGAUAAUGCUUUAUUGCUCCCAACAAAUGUUCAAAAUAAAAUUCGCGAUUCUUCUUUGGUAGAUCUAUUUCAACUAUUUUUUUCUUUAGAGUUGAAGGAAGUUAUUGUUGAUGCUACUCGUGAAAAUGGAUAUGAUCUUACGAUUGAAGAGCUAGAUGUUUUUGUUGGGAUAUUAAUUACAUCUAUGUUCAAUGGCAGAAAAUCCCAAAAGGAUUAUUGGUCCAGACUGCCACUUUUACGUUGUGAACCUAUAGCUGCUGCUAUGUCAAGAAAUAAAUAUUCUACUAUCAAAGAAAAAAUUAAAAUGUCUAAAGAUAGCGAUGGUAACUCAAAUGACAGAGCUUGGCGUGUCCGAAAGCCAUUAGAGAUUUUUAGAAAGAAUAUAAAAUGCUUUGGUUACUUUUCAACAGCUCUAUCCGUUGAUGAGAUGAUGAUUAAGUUCUAUGGUCGAACGGUCUUGAAGCAGUACAUACAAAAUAAACUUGAUCGUUUUGGGAUAAAAAUGUGGGCUUUAUGUAUGGUCAAUGGGUUUCUCUUAGACUGCGAUAUUUAUUGCGGAAAAGGGACGAAUAUUUAUGCUUCAGAGACGAACCCAAAACUUAGUAAAUGCGCUUUAGGUAGCCGAGUAGUUCUUCAAAUGGUUCAAAACUUGCUUCUGAUAGUCACUCCAAGAAAAUUGUAUCAAUAUCAUCUUACAUUUGAUAAUUUCUUUACUGGUCCAGAUUUAUUGGUACAUUUGAAAAAUAUAGGAUUACGAGCUACAGGAACUGUGAGAUCAAACCGAAUAAAAACUACGAAUGAAAUUGAUAAAAAAUCCAAGAGAGGAACGUUCGUUUCAAAAUAUGAUAAAAACAGUGGUUUGAAUUAUAUAACCGUUAUGUACUCGAAGCCCCUUUCGGUUCUUUCAACUUGUGCUAGUGUAAGGCCUUUCGGAACGGUGAGAAGAUAUUCUAAAGAACAAAAAAAGAAAGAAACCUUAGAAUUUCCAAGAGCUUUCACAUUCUACAAUCAAUAUAUGGGCGGUGUUGAUCUUCACGACUCGCAUUGUAGUAAUUUGAGAAGUCCUAUAAGAUCUAAAAAAUGGACGUGGGUUAUUUUUAUGAGACUCAUUCAAUCUUCGAUAACGAAUGCUACUGUUCUGGAGAAUUUGGUAACUCAUGACAAAAAAAUAGGAACGAAAGACACAGCACAGGCUGUUGCUGAAAGCUACUUAGCAAAAUCAAGUUACAAUUUGGAAAGACAUAGAUAUGAAACAGCCCCGGGAAAAAAAUAUUGUACCAAUAGUAAAAGUUGUGGUAAAAGGACCACAAAAAAAUGUACUGAAUGUAAUACUUACCAAUGCUUAUCUUGUUUUACAGCAAAACAUAAGAAGUGA